CUUCUUCAAUAAUUACAUCCAUCAGUGCAGUGCUUCUUGCCAAUUGUUACGUUCACUUACUUGCUCACAAUCCUUGAAAUCAAGCAUGAAGGUGACAUGACAGUUCCUGCAUCUGCGAUAUGAUCAUCUUUGAAGCACCAGGUCACUCUCAUUCCAGACGUUCAAGUGGGCAAACGGGUCGCAUGAACUUUGGCCCAAGUGAUCUCCAAAACAACGAAUUACUACUUUCUGGUGCAAUGAUCAAUUGCGGGUUUGAUUGCCUCAUUUUGUCGUAGUCGUGAUUGUAGGUUCUGAUGAGCUCAUUGUCACUAGAAACGUCGCCAUUCUUGGCACCAGAGGAUGAUUAAAAGUAUCAGAUGUGCAUCUAGAGCGCAUCGUAAGGAGUCGCAUCAGUUGUAUUGUUGUUCUGUGCGUGUGGUGGAUUACGAAGAUGGAUUCGUGACGGAACUGAUGCUCGGUAUCGAUUCUGACAACUACUACGCGAAAUCGCAAGCGCUAGAAGGGUGAGCUAUCAGCUGUUUAUAUCAGCGUACAUGGUUUCACCGAGUGGCUUCACACAAUCCAGAAAGACAUGGGUGGUGACGAAUAUUCGAACGAAACAUGAAAGGUCGACUUUGUGAUCGAUCGAUCAAAGAAGCCCUCCCUCACCAGGUCCUUAAAGGUGCACGAUGAGUUAUCCAAGGUUGCAAGUCAACUAGUACUAGAACCUACGUUUUAGGAUAUUGAUAGAGGUCAAGUAUAAUUCUUGAGAGAGUGGACACGAGGUCCUUAUCGAAUUCCCGAUUCGCGAAAUGAUUGCUUCGUGCUUACUCGCACAAAUGGUGCCUUGAUGAUAACACAAGACGAACUACACCUUAGCGUUGCAGAGCAGAGUCCACUUGAGCACUGGAAAAAGAGGAGCUUUUUAAGGAGUAACCGCCAUGGCGGUUUGUUUGCUUGCUAGACUGAGAUCAGCUCAUGCUUGGCCGUUGGAAGCUUGAGUUGUAGGUUGCUACUGAAGCCGUCUUCACGUAGAAAGCAAGUGCUCUGUAAUUAGCCAGUCACCAUCGAGAUUAUCACGCAAGCAGCUAACCAUGUGUACCACAUCAACUAAUACGAAGACACUGACGGUUUGAUAAUCAGAGCAACGCUUUGUUUCGUAAAGUGCGAUCUGGGAAGCGCAGAUUUGUUUGUACUGUAAGAGACGGGGUUACUUGGUCUGUAAGUUUUGUACCUGGGUCCUGAGAAUUGAAGCGAUGGAUAAAUUGACAAGCGACAAAGAAUGGACGAUUGCAGUUCUGGCUAAUCGACUCUCAGUCUGCUGGUGGCGAGGAGAACAAGGUCACGGUAGUGAGAAAAUGUCCAUGCCCGUGGUGUGAAUAGCAGAGUUUCUCGGGAAAGUCAAGCACAGAUCGAACGAAUCGUCUAGAACUUUUCUGAAAGCUUGUCUGAACGAGUAUGACAAGGUGGAGUUGUUGUCUGACACCGUCAGCGACCAACCUCCACGGGCUUGGAUUCGGAGGACAGAAAUUUUGAGAUGCAGGCUCCAGUCAUGGCUUGCAUACAUCAUGAGUGCAUAAGCAUAGACUGAUGCAGACAGACAGCUCUAUCCACUUCAUACACUGCUAUGACGUGGACGGUAAUUCCCAUGGCGAAGGAGCAUGGUUAGUUCUACAAUCUCUCACGGAAGUGGCUUAAAAACGGAUAAACCUCUGCAACUGCCGUAGAAUCGUGAAAGAUUACGAUAUCCUGGUCAGGAUUUCUGUACUCUGCUGCCACACCAGUGGGCCAGCUUUUGGGCCCUGGGAAUUUUCAAUCCCAGAUUUGUGUAUUGUCUUACUACAAUCAUGACCGAGUUCUUACACCUUUCGGCCUUGGCGUAAACGAGCGGGUCACAUUCAAACUGUGCCGAGUGUGCAUCAGUAGGUACAGCUUCAGAUAUCUUCGUCCGACGCAAAUGACGAAAUGGCACAGUUGGUGCCCUGCGGGCAGUGGACCACUUGGAGCGUAGCCUGGACUCAUGUCAGAGCGCACCUGAAGGUUCGUGUAUGGGCAUCGAUGUGGCGCAAUGACAUGGGGUUUAUUUCCGCUCGCUAACUCCGGUACCUCUGUCUCUCCAGAAAUCUGAACUCAUCGAUCGUCACAAUGUGAAGACUGCAGCCUAUUUCCAGAAUUGACACUGAAAUCAACAAAUCAAGAGAAGAAGGGGCUCUCAGAACUCAGCUGUGAAAUCAAACCGGCUCGUUGCUGCUGCUCUGUGUUCUUCUGUUCCGUCUUUGUACUUAAUCUGUUCGAUUGAUCUGGCCACGACUAGAAUCUUCGGAGAUGCCUACUUUCGAGUGCGAGGUCGAACUAGAUGUAGCUACCGCCGCCGUCUGGCAAGCUCUGAAGGAGCAAGAUACAAUUUUCCCCCAAAUCUUGCCGGAGUCCAUCAGCAGCGUCGAGCACCUGUCAGGAUUUGAAGGGCAGCCCGGCUCUGUCCGACUCAUCAUGUUCAGCCCAAGGAAGAAGAAAUCUUUCUUCUCUCGAUCCAAGGUUGCUGUCGAGGGCACGUUCGUGAAGGAGAAGCUCGUGACUCUGUACGAUCCAGGAUACACUGCGACAUCGGAGGAAGUUGAGGGCGGGCAUCUAGCUCAGGGUUUCAGCAAGUGGGUGAGCACGACGAGAGUGAUCCCAAUCGGCCCGGACAGGUGCCGGUUGAACUUCGCUACGUACUACGAGGGCGGAAGGAAGAAAAGCGAAGUAGAGAAAGCGGUGCAGAAGGCGAAGGAGGGCAUCGUCAAAGCAUACAAGGAAUUAGAGGAGUAUUUGAAGAGUACUUGCAAUGGGUAGUUGUAGUAGCCACUCCGAUCCGAAGCUUUCUGUAUCCAUAUUCUGUCCUGCGCGAAACAAGUCGCACUCCCAUCAUGAACGCUUACUUGUAAAUUAGGGUUUGCCAGUUUUGCAGUAUCCCCACCUACACCUGUGUACAUCUUUCGGCUUUUGGACGGUACUCUCAUCGUUAAUGCUUCAGCUUUACAAGCUAAGCUACUCUAAAUCGAUUGCUCCGUCUAAUUAACACUUUAUUUUUUCGACCCGGUAGACAUGCAUCUGCACUUGCAAGCUUUUGCACCAGAUGUUCUGAUUGCAGCACGAUGCUUGCUCGAAUUUCUGUUAUGUGUAAGUGUUCUAUUAGUGGACGGAAGCUCCACAUUG